AGAAAGGCCGGGUGCGGCGGGGCUGGGCGUUGGGCUGCUGCGGCGCGCGGUGCGUAGUCUUGAGCUAUGGUGGUGGUGGCAGCCGUGCAGAGCCCGGCCGACGGGACCCCUAAGGUUCUGCUUCUGUCGGGGCAGCCCGCCUCCGCCGCCGGAGCCCCGGCUGGCCAGGCCCUGCCGCUCAUGGUGCCAGCCCAGAGAGGGGCCAGCCCGGAGGCAGCGAGCGGGGGGCUGCCCCAGGCGCGCAAGCGACAGCGCCUCACGCACCUGAGCCCCGAGGAGAAGGCGCUGAGGAGGAAACUGAAAAACAGAGUAGCAGCUCAGACUGCCAGAGAUCGAAAGAAAGCUCGGAUGAGUGAGCUGGAACAGCAAGUGGUAGAUUUAGAAGAAGAGAACCAAAAACUUUUGCUAGAAAAUCAGCUUUUACGAGAGAAAACUCAUGGCCUUGUAGUUGAGAACCAGGAGUUAAGACAGCGCUUGGGGAUGGAUGCCCUGGUUGCUGAAGAGGAGGCAGAAGCCAAGGGGAAUGAAGUGAGGCCAGUGGCCGGGUCUGCUGAGUCCGCAGCACUCAGACUACGUGCAUCUGCAGCAGGUGCAGGCCCAGUUGUCACCCCUCCAGAACAUCUCCCCAUGGAUUCUGGCGGUAUUGACUCUUCAGAUUCAGAGUCUGAUAUCCUGUUGGGCAUUCUGGACAACUUGGACCCAGUCAUGUUCUUCAAAUGCCCUUCCCCAGAGCCUGCCAGCCUGGAGGAGCUCCCAGAGGUCUACCCAGAAGGACUCAGUUCCUUACCAGCCUCCCUUUCUCUGUCAGUGGGGACGUCAUCAGCCAAGCUGGAAGCCAUUAAUGAACUAAUUCGUUUUGACCACAUAUAUACCAAGCCCCUAGUCUUAGAGAUACCCUCUGAGACAGAGAGCCAAGCUAAUGUGGUAGUGAAAAUCGAGGAAGCACCUCUCAGCCCCUCAGAGAAUGAUCACCCUGAAUUCACUGUCUCAGUGAAGGAAGAACCUGUAGAAGAUGACCUCGUUCCAGAGCUGGGUAUCUCAAAUCUGCUUUCAUCCAGCCACUGCCCAAAGCCAUCUUCCUGCCUACUGGAUGCUUACAGUGACUGUGGAUAUGGGGGUUCCCUUUCCCCAUUCAGUGACAUGUCCUCUCUGCUUGGUGUAAACCAUUCUUGGGAGGACACUUUUGCCAAUGAACUCUUUCCCCAGCUGAUUAGUGUCUAAGGAAUGAUCCAAUACUGUUGCCCUUUUCCUUGACUAUUACACUGCCUGGAGGAUAGCAGAGAAGCCUGUCUGUGCUUCAUUCAAAAAGCCAAAAUAGAGAGUAUACAGUCCUAGAGAAUUCCUCUAAAGUAUUUGUUCAGAUCUCAUAGAUUACCCCCAGGCAUUGUCUUUUGACAUCAAGCAGCCCAAGCUAUUGGGACAUAUUACUGUAAGAAAGAAAUAUUACUAUAAUUGAGAACUACAGCUUUUAAGAUUGUACUUCUAUCUUAAAAGGGUGGUAGUUUUCCCUAAAAUACUUAUUAUGUAAGGGUCAUUAGACAAAUGUCUUGAAGUAGACAUGGAAUUUAUGAAUGGUUCUUUAUCAUUUCUCUUCCCCCUUUUUGGCAUCCUGGCUUGCCUCCAGUUUUAGGUCCUUUAGUUUGCUUCUGUAAGCAAAGAGAACACCUACUGAGGGGGCUCUUUCCCUCAUGUAUACUUCAAGUAAGAUCAAGAAUCUUUUGUGAAAUUAUAUAAAUUUACUAUGUAAAUGCUUGAUGGAAUUUUUUCCUGCUAGUGUAGCUUCUGAAAGGUGCUUUCUCCAUUUAUUUAAAACUACCCAUGCAAUUAAAAGGUACAAUGCAGCA